AUGUAUGAAGUCAAUUUUUUUUUUCUGUUCUAGAAACCAAAUGUUGGCGACCUCAUAGAGAUCUUUCGUCCAGGGUAUCAACACUGGGCAAUAUAUGUUGGAGAUGGCUAUGUCAUUCAUCUUGCACCACCCUCUGAGGUGGCGUGUGCUGGAGUCAACAGUGUGAUGUCAGUGUUGAGUGAUUAUGCUGUGGUGAAGAAGGAGGAGCUCUGGGUCGUAGUUGGGAACGAUAAAUUCAAAGUGAACAACCUUUUGGAUAAUAAGUACAAGCCUCGUGAUAUUGCUCUGAUUGUCAAAGAGGCUCACAGUCUUGUUGGUUCAACACAGCCUUAUUGCCUCUUUAGCCAAAACUGUGAGCACUUUGUCACAGGUUUAAGAUAUGGAAAGCCACACUCACGCCAGGUCCAACAAACUACAAUUGCUGUGGGUGUAGGAGUAUUAGGAGGAUUAGGAGUGUUAGGUCUUGUAGCAGGAAUAACAGCAUUUAUGUCCAAUUCAAAAAAAGAGAGAAAUGACAAAUACUGA